AUGUUGCGACGAGUCUCAACGGCGGCACAACGAUCGACGAAGAUGCCGCUGCUCGAUGGAGGCACCGGCGAGGAGUUAUUCGCUCGUGGGCUGCCCGACGACCGCCGCAUUUGGUCGGCUACAGCGCUCGUGCACGGGCAGCACCACGCUCUGCUGCGAGAGGUGCACACUUCGUUCCUGGCUGUUGGCGCCGACUGCAUCACAUGCAACAACUACGGAGUGACGCCGGGUGUUGGAUUCAGCGACGAGGAGAUCGUCCGACUGACGGCAAUAGUAGGGCGAGUGGCGCGAGAGGCCUGCGAUCAAUGGAUGGAGUCGGCGACGGACAUGACGAGGCAGAAGGCAAAGGUCUGCGGCUCACUCCCGCCAUUGCUAAAGAGCUACCGAGCCGACAAAGUGCCAGAACAUGAAGAGGGAGUGAGACUCUACGCGAUGAUCGCAAAAGCAUUGAAGCCAUUUGUGGACUGCUACUUGGCUGAGACGUUGUCGUCGGUUCAGGAGGCCAAGAUGGCGCUGCUCGGGGUGCAGCAGACUUGGAGGCGUAUUCGGAGUGGUGAGAGCGUGUGUGAUGCAGCACGGGAGCUGCUGGACUUCACUGCCGCCAUGUCUGGGUCCGAGCUGCAAGCAAUUCUCUUCAAUUGCUCGCAGCCUGAGGCCAUUUGCAAGGCUCUCCGAGAACUACAUGACGACGAGCACACACGUGGAAGUCUAAUCUACCGUGGAGUGCGCUUAGGCGCUUACGCCAACCGACUUACGGUCAUUCCGGAUGAUUGGGCGCUUGCAGAGUCUAGUGAGCCGCAAGCCAUGCGUACGGAUCUGGCAGUGGAGCGAUACAGUGACUUUGUAUCGCAGUGGGUUGAGCUGGGAGCUGGAGUUGUUGGUGGCUGCUGUGGAAUUGGACCGGAGUACAUUGCACAUAUUCACAAGAUGCUAUGUGAUCAAGGACGACGCUGA